AUGGCUUGCACUGUCGCACUGAGCUUACGGGAGCCCGUUCUAGAAAUGGAAAAGCCCUCUCACCCAUUCUAUGAGCCGUGGCGAACAAGCCUCGUCCUGUUGCGCAGAAUUGCUCUCGACCGAGUGUGGAGAUACAAGGACUUUAUCUCCGACGGCGAGCAAGGCUAUCUUGGUGUGAACAAAGACCACCCUGGUCGUGCUAUCUAUAUCUAUCGUGAGUGUGCUCCAAUUUAA